AUGUCAAAUUUAAGAUUUUCUGUGUAUCCGACGUCAAGGCUUAUUCUUCAUCAUACAAAAAGAACAUUAAUGACAACUUCAAUUGUUCAUCGCUCUAUAUUGCUUCAAAUAUACACUUCAUUAAGAAAAGUAUUCCAUCGUGAACGACCACGUCUUGUUGGCGUAGAUGAUGCAGGCACUCGAUAUUUUGAAGCAUCACCGAAUAAAGCCAGUGAACAUCCACAUUUAUCGAAACGACCGAGACGAUUUUAUCUAAUCCCUGGACAAAAAUCCGCGGAAGAUUCAUUUAUGGAGACAUAUAUUGACGUGAAAGAUCUACCUCCUGAAUGGCAAUCAUGGCUAAAUCAUCGACGUUCUGAUGCACCAACAAAAGAAGAAAUUGAAGCUAACAAUUUAUCUAGAGCAAAACGUCUUGGUCGAGCUGCAGAAUUAGAGGCAAAACAUAAUGAAGAACGUCUAGAAAUGAUUAAACAAGGUUUAUUACAUGAAAAUGAAUUAAAAUCGAAUAAUUGUCAAGAGAAAUCUGCAUUUCCUGUUUAUCCUGACAUACAAAAUUCUUUCGAGGAAUAUUUUCCUAGGAAAACACCCAAUGAGAAACAAGAUACUUGAAUAUCACAUGUAUACAAUAUAUGCCACCAAUCAGUAAUCCAGAGACUUUUCAAUAGCUUCUUAUAUGUUGUGUUAUGUAGAAAUAUUCUCUUGAUUGAUCUUUGUUUUAAAGAAAUAAUUUUCUUAAAGAGUUUAUGAAUACUGGUACAUCUCCAUAAACUACUUUCAUUGAAUUACCCCAGUAGAUGAAUA